GCCAUUUUGCCUGAACGUGCGAGCUGGUGGGAGUGGAACGCACUGGCCGUUGUAGCCGUCGCCUUCUUCCUCCCCACAGUCCGAACAGCGCGGUGACUAGGCCGUCGGCCCUCGAGCCGAGACAUAUCUCUUAUUUAGUUCUCGGGAGCGCCUGGCCGACAUGAGUGAUGUAGAGGAGAACAACUUCGAGGGCAGAGUUAAUGUUCGUGAAGAAAUUGAAGAGUUUUUUCCAAGAAUGUGGAAGAUAAAUCAAGAUAAAAGAAGGCUAAUGAAAAGUAUUAAAGAUCAGAAAAUUAAAAUUGAAUGGGGGAAAAAAUUGAACAGAAGAUUGGUCAGAUAGAAGCACUUGAAUAUUUUUUUAAGGCUAUUUUGAAUUGUUUGAAUUGGGGAAGAAUACACGAAGUAUGAAAAAUGAAAAACUCAAUGAAGAAUGAAGAGAAGUAGAAAGCAAGAGUGAAGUAGAAUUAAAAGAAUCUGGAAGAAUGAAUGGGUCCUAGGUUAAGUAAAUGUAUGGUUUAUGUUCCAGUGUCUGUAUGAUCAAGUUGUAGAUGAAUUUGCAUGAUUACUUAGUUAAUAGAAAAUUGAUGAUCUGGUUCAAGUAGGGAAUUAUUGAGGACAGUUAGCAGUAUUAACAAUGGGAUAUUAAUGAGCUGAAAUUUUUUUCUGGAGGGUGUUGCCUAACCAUUUGUUUUUCAGGAGCAAUCAAUAUAAAUAAUUACGGUACUUUAAAUGUUAGGUGUUAGGCAUCUGCAUGACCAGUGCCAUUUGUAAUACUGUCUUCUUUGUUAGGAGUCUCGCUCUCAGUCAAAAUCUCCAACGGGAACUCCUGCUCGUGUAAAAUCAGAGAGCAGGUCAGGAUCUCGUAGUCCAUCACGGGUGUCCAAACAUUCUGAAUCCCAUUCUCGAUCAAGAUCAAAGUCCAGGUCAAGGUCAAGGAGGCAUUCGCAUAGACGCUACACUCGAUCCAGGUCACACUCUCAUAGGAGACGAUCUCGGAGUAGGUCCUAUACACCCGAGUAUAGGCGGCGGAGGAGCCGGAGUCACUCUCCAAUGUCUAAUCGCAGAAGGCAUACUGGAAGCAGGGCAAACCCAGAUCCCAACACUUGCUUGGGAGUAUUUGGCCUCAGUUUGUACACAACAGAGAGAGAUCUUCGUGAAGUGUUUUCUCGAUAUGGACCUCUGAGUGGUGUUAAUGUAGUUUAUGAUCAGCGAACUGGGAGGUCACGUGGAUUUGCUUUUGUGUAUUUUGAGAGAAUAGAUGACUCUAAGGAGGCUAUGGAGAGAGCAAAUGGGAUGGAGCUGGACGGUAGAAGAAUCCGUGUGGAUUAUUCUAUCACCAAGAGAGCGCACACACCCACACCAGGCAUUUACAUGGGCAGACCAACUCACAGCGGUGGUGGAGGUGGCGGAGGAGGAGGUGGCGGAGGAGGAGGUGGUGGCGGUGGUAGACGACGAGAUUCUUACUACGAUAGAGGAUAUGAUCGAGGCUAUGACAGAUACGAAGAUUAUGAUUACCGGUACAGAAGAAGGUCGCCCUCUCCUUACUACAGUCGCUACAGGUCACGAUCGAGAUCCCGUUCCUAUAGUCCAAGACGCUAUUGAUACUGGAGUGAUUGUGCCCGAGGACUUUGCUUUUUCUUCUUUUUGAUUUUGGAUUCCCAAGCUUCCAUGCUUCCUAGUCCUUUAAACCAAAACCAAACAACCUGGUUUAUUUAAUCUCUGCCUGACCAGUUGUGUUGCUGUUUCCACCCUUUGUUAUACUCUAAAGGUGUAAUUGUCUUUUCAGUAGUGAACAUCCUGAGUGAAAGGGAGCCCGGGUUCUGCUUUGUGGUUCUUCUUUGCCUUUACAGAGGAUUGACUUCUUAUUUGAGGACAGAAACCAUCUUUUGAAAACUUUUUCUGAUGGAUAUUGUGGUAGACAUUAGAAAUCUGUGGUAUGAUAAACUGCUUUUUAAUCUUCUUGGGGAAGGUAAAUAACACUUUAAGUAGGUCAGUCAUGCCAGCUUUGUCUGGAGUGGCAUGGAGCAGUUGAAUAGUUGAGUGUAGAAUGUUUGAAGCUCUAGGAGAAAAUGUGGGACAUUUCUUUUGAAGAAUAUAACUUUGAACCUAAGAAUUAAGUCACCUUUUAGAAAUUAAAAGCUUGUAAUUCCUAUAAGACAUGUUGUAUUUGAAUUUACAUGUUAAACCUUAUAAACUUAAAGUGUGAUUUUUAUGUUAAAUUUACAGAAACUUAAGUAUUCCCUUAAUCACUGAAGGACAACCUUUAUUUAUUAACUAGAACAAUUGUAUAACUUGCUGUUAGAAAUUUUGGUAUUGGGACAUUGGUUACAUGGGUUAUUGUAUAGGAUCCUAAAAUACAUGUGGGGAAGAGUAAUUUCAAAUAAAAGUUAAUUUGAAAAUGG